ACAUUCUCUCAUGCACCUCCAGGAGAGGUGGAGUUCUACCCUCUGAGAUGAGGCUCAGCAGCAGCACAUGCAUGAGUUUUUGUGAAUGUGCAUGCACAGUGACAGUGUUCGACUGAUAGGGAAACACUGGAAGAACCAAGGAACAGGCUGAAAUAUCAGACACAGACAUUCAGUAUUUGCAUCCACAAUAUCAGAAGGACAAAGUGUGGAACUUUAACAGCUGGCCACAAUGAUGGCGAAGGAAAAUACCACCUUCUGGACCUUGAAUGUUACAGCACUAAAAGCAGAAAAAGUUCAGUCCCAAGACUACUGGUCUGAAGCAGACUGUUACGUGACUGUCAGCCUCCCUGCCACGUCUGAAAGGACGUACAGAACUAAAUCUGUGGCAAACACACAGAAUCCUGAGUGGAAUGAAACUUUUAGCUACAAGAUCAAUGACACACUGCAGAAUAUUCUGGAGAUAAAGCUGUAUGACGAAGAUCCCAUGAAAAUAGACAACCUCAUUUCCACUUUUACUGUUGACAUCAGCAGCCUCACUGCAGGGAAGAAGGAAUCCAAGACAUUUGACAUCGACACUGAGUCAAUGAGUAAACUCUGGAUGGUGUUUGAGCUUCUGGAAAGGGAGGAGGACAUCCUCAAGCAACACAAAGAUGUCCGACAUGUGAAGCACCCUAUGCCCCACUGGAUCUUGAAUGUCACUGUAUUAAGUGCAAAAAACAAAUACUCCCAAGAUUACUUGACUGAAUCUGACUGCUAUGUCGUUCUCUCUUUGCCCACUUCCACGGCGAGGAUCUAUCGCACAAGCACUGUGGCCAACACAAACAACCCCAAGUGGAAUGAAACAUUUACAUUCAGGAUCCCCACCCAUGUGAAAAAUAUUCUGGAGAUCAAGCUGUUUGAUGAGAACCUGCUGCUGUCCGAUUACUUGAUUUUCACCAUUUUGCUUGACAUUAGCAGCCUCACCAUGGGGAAGAAGGAGACCAAAGUCUUCAACACAAACGCAGAGAACCAUGAUGAACUUUUGAUGGAGUUUGAGCUCCUGCAAAGUGAGGCACCCACUUGUGAAUACUUCAGUAAUGGCAUCCUUAUGGCUGCACCACUGUCCGCUCUGGAUGUUGGGAUUCACAGUCUGCAAAAGAAUGAGCGCAUUAAAGACAAGGCGUUGCAACUCAGGGGAGCCUUUCCAGAGAGUCAAACUCUGAAUUCAGCAGAAACUCAAAAGCUACGAUUCUUUAUCAACAGUGACUUGGAGACAGAGUUAGGACUGGUGGCUCCUGAAGCUGAGUCUUGUGCUCCGAUGCUAAACUCCAUCCAUUUUCAGUCUCUACCUGGCAAACGCGCUGACACAGUGCAUCUUCGUAUUGAGGAGGACACAGUGGAUUUAGACCUGCACACCGCUGAAUGUGGGGAGAGAAAUCUAGCAGUUCGUCUGGAGUUCGACAUCCCACCACAAGAGAAAGAAUAUCUGAAAAAGAGAAAAGAGGUCCUGAGACAGGCUUUGCAAAGAUUUUUAGGCUUCAGCUCAACGUCAGAACCUGAAAUGGUGCCAACUAUAGCAGUGGUGGCAUCAGGAGGUGGGGCCAGAGCAAUGACAGGACUCCUGGGUAGUCUGAGGGGACUGAAGCAUUUAGGCCUGCUGGAUGCUGUCAGUUACAUCACUGGCGUUUCUGGAUCCACGUGGGCAAUGGCAGCUUUGUAUCAGGAAGCCAACUGGUCCCAGCAGGACUUAGACCGUGUCAUCUCCAAAGCAGAGGAACAGAUGACAAAGAGUGUCUUGAGCGCCUUCUCCAAGGACAAACUGCAGUAUUACAGCGACGAAAUGGCAGAGAAAGGAGACAAGGGUUAUAUUGUGUCAUUCAUUGAUAUGGCAGGUCUGAUUUUGGAACAUCUUGUCUUUGGAAAGAAAGUCACCAGUACCCUGUCUGAGCAGCAGAGGACGCUGUCUGAAGGCCAGAACCCUUUACCCAUUUACACUGCAGUCAAUAUGAAGGACGAAAUCCCAGGAUGUCAGUCAGAAGCUGAGUGGUGCGAGUUCACACCCUAUGAGGUAGGCCUCCAAAAGUAUGGGGCAUUUGUGCAAACCAAGAACUUUGGUAGUCAGCUCUUUCUUGGUCAUGUCGUGAAGAAACUCCCUGAACUCCGUAUCCCUUAUUUGAUGGGGAUAUGGAGCAGUGUGUUUUCGAUCAACCUGACGCAACUGUGGACCCUUGCUACAGGGUCUCUGCCUUCCUGGAGUCCUUGGCUUAGUCCAAACAUCAGCAACAUAAAGGCUGACAAUGAAGAAUCGACUUUGGGUAUGUCUGUCAUCAACCCUGUCACAGAAAUUGUCAGCACGCUGACUGAUUUCUUCAAGAAUCGUCCAGUCAUUGCUGAGAUGUACAAUUUCAUGCGUGGCUUCUUUCUGCACUGGAACUACAAGAAAAACAGCAACUUUAAUGCUUGGAAAGGCAAACAUCCAGAUGCCUUUCCAAACAAAAUGACACCCAGUGACCGUACCUUGCGCCUGGUUGAUUCUGGUCAUGUCAUCAAUAUUGGUUGUGUGCCAGUGCUGAGGCCAGAGAGAGACGUGGACAUUAUCAUAUCUCUGAGCUAUUCUUGGGACGUAGACCAUGUCUUCAAGGUCUUACAGGACACAGCUGCUUACUGUCGGGAUCAUGAUAUCCCCUUUCCCAAAGCCGAUUUUGCAAGUCUGGAAAAGGAGCCUCAGAAAGAGAUCUACAUCCUUGAGGAUAAGGACAAUCCUAAAGCUCCAGUAGUGAUUCACUUCCCCCUGGUUAACAUCACGUACCAAAACUUCAAAAGUCCCGGUGUGAAGCGUGAAACUAAAAAUGAAGUGAAAGCUGGUAAAGUGGAUGUGAGCAGCAGCAGCUCUCCAUACACCACCAAAAACAUGACCUUCUCAAAGGAGAAUUAUCAGGCUUUGCUGGGUUUGACAACAUACAACAUCAUCAACAACAAGGAGAGCUUCCAGAAGGUGAUCCAGGCCGCCCUUAAGAGGAAAGCAUCAAAGAGGAAAUAAGACAAAUUAGAGCUUGGUGAGGAGGUGGUUAGGGGAGGUGAUGGUCUAGUGGUUAAGCGUUGGGCUUGAGACCAGAAGAUCACUGAGGACCCUUGGGCCAGGUCCUUUAUCCCCUAGCUGCUCCUGGUGUGUAGCUGAGCGCCUUGCAUGGCAGCA